AUAAUUGAGAGGUGGAUCCUGAGGAAUCCGUAACAUUUAUGAAGGGGGGACGUGCCCCCAUUGGGGUGAAAAAAACUUUGAGUUGAAGUAGGUUACUUGUACAGUGACCGGGACAGGAUAGAAGUAUCACGGAUGACCCGAGAUGGAUACGAAGUAAACUUUUUAUUGCCAAAAGUGGAACUCGCGACUUUUGUUCGUAACAUCGCGCCAGUAUUUAGAAAAUAUAAAAUGUUAUGUUGCUUUGUGCAAAAUGAUCGCCAGAUGUUUCGCGUUUCACUGAUGCUCAAUCGUAGAAAGGGAAAGUCCGCAAAACUCAUAUGCAGUGCGUUCGAGCAUAUAUUGCAUAGCCGUAGCCGUUUUCAUUGAAAAGUUUUAAAACAGAGUGGCAGAGAAUAGACACUGGAGUAAAUAUAUCGUCCAAUAUCCACAAGUGAUCUCUAAUAACUUGCUUAGAUCCUCGGGGCUGCGGGGCCGCGCAGUGAAGACUCCGGUGUAGAUAAUGGGGAUUCCCUGGAUCAGAACAGCUUUGUCCUUGCAGUUCUGUGUAUUAGCUUUUUGGAACUUUCAUUUGGCUACACGAGCGCAAGAAGACGGUCCUCUCCAAUAUUACGACGACGAAAAUGUCAUUGAUCUUCUGGAAGCCCUGAAUAUCACUCGCUCCAUCAAGGGUGUGACCAAGGCCAAGGGCCUGGAGCCAGGGAUCCCUGCCUGGAAGUUCCGUCAGAAGGUGCCCCACCUCACCCUGCCCAGGGACUUCUCCAUCUACUUCCUCAGCACCAUGCAGGGCUCCAUCGGGUUCCACUUUGUGGCCCAGCAGGCCAAGAACUCGGACGGCGCCCUCAUAUCCUUCAUCUCGCCGGCCGCCCUGAAGAAGGACGGCCACCCGCUCCUCCAGCUGGUCUCCAGCACCCGCUCCAACCAGCUGCGCCUGGACUACCGCGCGGUUCACAGCAUGGAGCCCGCCAGCAUCCUGUUCCCCAGCGGCACGCCCUUCUCCAACGACCGCUGGGCACGAGUGGCCCUCAAUCUGGAGGCCCACAAGAUCUCACUCUUCGUUGACUGCGAGGAAGCCAUUAUCUUCGAGAAGACAAGGGGUGAAGAUGUUCUGAGCCUCACCUUGCCCAUUGACCUGGAGAUCACCUUCGCAAGUGUGCCUGGUGACAAGGCCAGUAAAUUCCUGGGUUAUUGGCAAACGGCAGAGGUCUCAACCAGUGGCUACAUUAGGCGUCCAUGGCACUGUGAAAAUCUAUCAGACUCCAUGCCCCACUCCCUUCCCAACGCUGAAUUGAACGAUCCCUUUGGGAAAGAUCCCAGCAUGCACCUGGAGCCACAGUCAGACUCGGCGCACGACCAGCCUCAGCGCAGUCACCUGGGGCCCCCCGGGUUACAGCGGGGGUCAAAGCCUCAGAACCCAGAGGAGAGGAUUCGGAGGCUGGAGGAGCUGGUUGAUGGUCUCAGCACCAUGCUGGACAUGGUCAAGGCUCAGAACACGGACCUGGUGUCGCGCGUUCAGUACCUGGAGACCUGCGAGUGCCGUCGGCCGACGUGCACCUGGGAGGGGCGGGAGGUGGAGGAGGGGACACGCUGGGAGACGGAGCAGGGUUCCGUCUGUGAGUGCAUCACCAGGAAGGUGCAGUGCGCCGUCAGCGACGGUUGUGUCUACGAAGACAAGAAGUACAGCAAUGGAGAUGUGUUCAGCCCAGAUCCCUGUUUGUCCUGUGUGUGUGAGAAUGGGCAUGCCCAGUGCCAACGGGGGCACUGCCACCCAUUGUCCUGUCUGAACCAGUAUAUCCCUGAAGGGGAAUGUUGCCCAAUCUGCCGACCAGGCUGUGAGUAUGAAGAGGAAGUCUAUGAGAAUGGAGCUGUCUUUGUAUCGAGAUCCAACCCCUGUCUGAAAUGCACCUGUACAAACAGCCUGGUGAAAUGUACCCCAGUUCAGUGCCAGCCUACAAGAUGCGCAAACCCUUUUCAGAUAGCAGGCCAGUGCUGCCCCACAUGUUCAGCCUGUGAUGUCGACGGCAGACCUUACAACGGCUCUUUCAACACGCUGGAUGGCUGCCAGAUCUGUACCUGCAGGAAUGGGAACCCAUCGUGUGUGGACGUGCACACGUGUCCCCACUCCUGCAGCCACGGGGUGAAGCCGCCAUUUGGAUCCUGCUGCCAGGACUGCUCUCGCUGCAGUGUUGAUGGGCAGGUCAUCCUUGAUGGCGUGUCCUUCUCUGCCAGCCAGGAUCCUUGCGAGCGCUGCGUCUGCAUGAAUGGGAACUUAGUGUGCUCUCACGUCUCCUGUCCUCCCCUGGAUUGUGUCGCUGUUGAGACCAGCAGGGGCGAGUGCUGCCCCAGGUGUCGAGGCUGUGUUCACAAUGGAAUUCAGCGUGAGCAUGGACUGCAGUGGAGCAUCCCAGACAACCCCUGUACCAUCUGCACAUGUGUGGAGGGCCGGGUCCAAUGUGACACAGAGAAGUGCACCCCUUCAUGUAAAAACCCCUCUAGCCCUCUGCCAGGCACCUGCUGUCCCGUCUGCGACGGUUGUGGCAUGAAUGGUCGAGACUACCUCAAUGGGGAACAGGUACCUGGUGCAGAUCGCUGUCAAGACUGUGUUUGUGUUAAUGGUGACCUUCAGUGCAGCUCCACCCCUUGCCCCCACGCACUCUGCAGAAAUCCAGUCAAAAGGCCUGGAGAGUGCUGCCCACGAUGUGAACAGUGUCAUUAUGAGUCUCAGGUCUAUGUGGAUGGGCAGGUCUUUGUCUCCCACUUGGAUCCCUGCAUGCGCUGUCAUUGUUCGGGUGGGGAGGUCUCCUGUGAGCGCCUUGACCACACCUGCCCCCCUCUGCAGUGCACUCACCCAGCCAAGACCAAAGGCCAGUGCUGCCCCACCUGUGAGGUGUGUGAGUACGAGCGUAGGGUCUACAUCGAUGGGAAAAGAUUCAACCCCCCAGGGAGCGGACCCUGUGUCCAUUGUACCUGCAAGAACGGGAAUGUUAGAUGCCAUGAGGAGAAAUGUCCCCCCACUCAGUGCUCCAACCCCAUCAUAGAUCCACAGCUGUGCUGCCCUGCCUGUAAAGUUUGUGUGCUGGAGGGGACGGAGUUUGAGGAGGGGGCAGAGUGGGACGAUGAAGGCCAGCCCUGUCGCCGCUGCCGCUGUGUUGGCGGGGAGCCCGUAUGUCAUGUGACCCAGUGUCCCCCUGUGUCUUGCCUUCACCCCAGCAAGAUGGAGGGCCAGUGCUGCGCCACCUGCGACCAGUGCACCUACAACCAGCGCGUCUACGGCAACGGGCAGGACUUCCCUGACCCCGAUGACCCCUGUCAGCAGUGCAGGUGUCAGGAUGGCACAGUUCAGUGCUUUGUGACACAGUGCCCACCCCUGACCUGCGUCAAUCCUCAGACGCCACCAGGACAAUGCUGUCCCCAGUGCCCUGACUGUGACUUUGAGAAUCGUGUGUUUGUUGAUGGAGAGGAAUUCCCCAGCCCAGUGAAUCCCUGUCAGGACUGCGUGUGUUCUGGAGGCAGAGUGGACUGUCAGGAUCAGGAGUGUCCACACCCCACCUGCACAUACCCACUACCGGGGUCCUGUUGUCAGAACAACUGCAACGGUUGUAACUAUGCUGGGAAGGAGUACCCAAAUGGAAUGGAAUUCCCUCACCCCACUGACAAAUGCAGAACAUGCCAUUGCAUUAAUGGAAACGUCCGGUGUUUGAUGAAGAGGUGUCCUCCACAACAGUGCAACAACCCUUACAUGGUGCCUGGAGAGUGCUGCCCCCAGUGCCCAGCGCCACCUGCAGACUGCUUGUACAUGGGGCAGUCCUACAAGCAUUCCGGGCGCUUCUACGACCCCGCAGACAAAUGUCGAGCCUGCAUCUGCUCCAAUGGGACCGUGAGCUGCCAGCGCAGGCCCUGCAGCCACGCCCACUGCUCACACCCCAUCCUCCAGGAUUGCUGCCGCACUUGCGACGGCUGUCUGUAUGACGGGAAAGAGCACGCUAACGGAGAGACGUUUUCUGACCCCUCGGACCCGUGUGGGAUGUGCGCAUGCCGGCAGGGCACGGUGACCUGUGAGAGGAAGCGCUGCCCCAAGGUCACGUGCCCUUUCCCUGUCCCCACGCAGUGCUGUCAGGUCUGCGAUGGAUGCAACUAUGUUGGGGAGGAGUACCUGAAUGGUCAGGAGUUCACUGACCCCCGUGACAAGUGCAAACGCUGCAGCUGUGCGGGUGGUCACGUGACCUGCAGCCCUAAACCCUGUUACACAGCCAGCUGCUCGCACCCUGUCACUCUCCCGGGAAGCUGCUGCCCCAUCUGUGAAGGAUGUUUCUAUAACGGCGUGGCCAUCACCAAUGGGCAGUCCUUCCCAGACCCAGACUCAGAGUGCUCCGAGUGUACCUGUAGGGCCGGGACAGUGCAGUGUGUCAGGAGGAUUUGUCCACCAGCGCCUUGCUCUCACCCUGCCCCUGGGCCAUGCGACUGUCCAGUCUGUGAAGGAUGUGUGUUCCAGGGCAGGUCCUACAUUGAUGGAGACGUCUUCUCAGGAGCCAAAGGGAACUGUGAGGAGUGCAAGUGCACGAACGGAGAGGUGACCUGUGGCUCAAAGCGCUGCCCCAAGAUUUCCUGCACGCACCCCGCCAAAGACACCUGCACCUGCCCCGUGUGUGAGGGGUGUCACUUCAAUGGCCGGGACUGCACUAACGGGGAAUACUUCCUGGACCCAAAAAACAAGUGUCAGCGUUGCACCUGUCUGAAUGGGGGGGUCACCUGCGUCCCUGUGACCUGUGGCCCGACCUCCUGCCGGAACCCCAUCACCCCCCCAGGAGAGUGCUGUCCGGUUUGCACUGGGCAGUGUGAGCACAAGGGACGGGUGUACCAGAGCGGCACGUCCUUUGACUCCCCGUCCGACCGCUGCAGCACGUGCACCUGCCUGAAUGAGGUGGUGGCGUGUCACAGGAAGCCGUGCCAGCAGCAGUGCUCGCACCCCGUGCCCUCCUCGGGCUGCUGCCCCGCGUGCGAGGGCUGCCUGUACGAGGGCGUGCGCUACGCCUCCUCCCAGACCUUCACCCCCAGCGCCAACCCCUGCCAGCGCUGCAGCUGCGUGCGGGGCAGCGUCGCCUGCACCCCCCAGGUCUGCCCCCCGACCCCCUGCAAGAACCCCGUCACCCCGCCCAACCAGUGCUGCCCCCAGUGCCCAGCGGUGUGUUUUCACCAGGGACAGGAGUAUGCCGACGGACGGCGCUGGGUCCCUUCCGCAAAUAACUGUCAGGAGUGCACCUGUGCGAGAGGUGAGGUGCGCUGUACGGAGGUGGUGUGUAAGGCCCCCUGCAGUCACCCCUCUCCCCCGGUGCUGGGGCAGUGCUGUCCUCAGUGUCAGGACUGCUUCCUGGAUGGCGUGCUGUACAGUGACGGGGAUGACUUCACUCUGGACGGCUGUCGCCAGUGCUCCUGUAAUGGCGGUAACAUCCUCUGCGCCAACAUCGAAUGCCCCAAGCUGACCUGCAUGCACCAGGUGACUGAGCCUGGGACCUGCUGUCCACGAUGCAGAGGUUGUAAGUACAACGGGCGUGAGCACGAGGAAGGCAGCACCUGGUUCGCCUCCAGCACCCCCUGCAUGUCGUGCAUGUGCGUGGACGGCGUGACCACCUGCUCCGAGGUGCGCUGCGUGUCCCCGUGCCUCAACCACAUCCAAGUCCCCGGGGAGUGCUGCGCUGUGUGUGCAGACUGCGUCUACAACGGUCGAGUGUACGGCCCUGGAGACAGCUUCCACCCCUCGGAUGACCCCUGCCAGAUCUGCACAUGUGAGGUAAUGCCGGACGGGGAGCAGCACCUGCGUUGUUACCGGAAGCAGUGUCCCAGCCUGGUGGACUGCCCCAAAAACCAUAUCCUCUUCUCUGGAACAGACUCCUGCUGCCCCGUGUGUGCCCAGCCACUGAGCAACUGCACAGCAACCUUGAUUGGCAAUGAGGUCCAUGCCACUAAUGACCCUUGUUUCACCUGUCAGUGCAAGGACUUGACCUGGACGUGUGUUCAUCAGGGGUGCCAUCCUCUCAGCUGCCCCCCGUCAGAGCAGUUCACCCCUGAAGACUCCUGCUGCCCCAUCUGCAAUGAGUGUGUGAUUGAGGGAAGCAACCAGCGCUUGGCUAAUGGGGAGAGCUGGACAGACCCCUCGGAUGAAUGCAUCACGUGCACUUGCAACCUGGGCUAUAUUGAGUGUAACAUCCAGGAGUGUGAACCAUUGGUUUGCCAGGAUGGGCUGGUAAAGGUCAAGUCUCCUGGACAAUGCUGCUAUGAAUGCCAAGACCCCAGUGUGUCAUGUGUAUACCAGGGAACACUCUACCAGUCAAAUGAACACUGGGAAGUGGAUGAGUGCACAUCCUGUACCUGUGUGUCGGGGGACGUGCACUGCCAAACAGAACGGUGUCCACAGGUCUCCUGUGCCUCGGAUGAGACCCCAGCUCUGAUCCCAGGGAUGUGCUGUCCCCACUGCAUCCCACGUCCAGCCACCUGCAUUGCUUUCGGUGACCCUCACUACCGCACCUUCGAUGGGAAAAUGAUCAACUUCCAGGGGGCCUGUACCUACGUGCUGGCCAAGGACUGUGAGGGUGGGGACUUCAGCAUUCAUGUUACCAAUGACGAUCGUGGUCGCAAAGGCGUUUCUUGGACCAAGGAGGUGACCAUCUUCAUUGGCGACGUCAUGGUGCAGCUACUACAGAACUGGAUGGUCAUGGUGGAUUACCAGGCAGUAACACUGCCUUACCUGAAGGAGCCAUACAUUUACGUGGAGCGCAAGACAAACACCAUCUUGCUGAACACCAAUAUUGGAGUGAAGGUGCUAUGGAACGGGAAGUCCCACCUGGAGGUCAGCGUCCCAGGGACCUACAAAGACCACAUGUGUGGCCUCUGCGGGAACUUCAACAACUACCCCCAGGACGACAUGAGGCUUCGCACAGGCCAGGCAGUCAAAUCAGAGGCUGCCUUUGGGAACAGCUGGAAGGUGCAGAGAGAGAAUGACACUGCCAGCCAGUGCCGAGACGGAGAGGACGUGGACCCCUGCAAGGAGGCCGGCUAUUUCGCCCGCAAGACGGGCAAUGUCCGCUGCGCCAUCCUGAAGUCCGAGGUGUUUGAGCAGUGCCACAAGGUCGUGCCCCCGGAGAUGUUCUACGCGUCCUGCGUGUACGACCUGUGCGCCUGUGGCGCCAACUCUGACGACUGCCUGUGCGACGCCCUGGAGGCCUACGCCUCCGAGUGCAGGGAGGCCGGGGUCGUGCUGCAGUGGAGGACCCACGCUCUGUGUGCUGUGGGCUGCCCCCUUGACCGUGGCUUUGUUUUCGACGAGUGUGGACCCCCCUGCCCCAAGACCUGCUUCAACAAAGACGUGCCCCUGGGGGUCAUCGAGUCGCACUGCUUCAAGCCCUGCGUCCCGGGCUGCCAGUGCCCUGCUGGGCUGGUGGAGCACGAAUCGCACUGCAUUCCCCCCGAGGCCUGCCCCAAGAUAAUCUACGGCAACUCAUGACAGACGCCUUGAGCAGCCCCUCCCGUCCCCGUAAUGGUGCUAUCACUCGACUGAACUCGCACUGGAGAGAGUCUCACAGCUCUCUGUUUCUCCUAAGUGCUCUUUCCUGCUCCGCCUCACACCUUGAAAAAGCCAUAGAACGCCACGCUUUUCUUAGAACUGGACGAUUGUAAAUUAUCCGUGCAACAUCACAUUACAUUACAUUACAGGCAUUUAGCAGACGUUCUUAUCCAGAGCGACGUACAACAAGUGCAUUAGUUCAAGGUGCAGAGGUGUAAAAGAAACACACUAGAGUGAAGUAAAGAUCGUAGUGCCAGAAGUGACCACAUAGAUCAGGACUCCAACCCUGUUCGAAGCAGCGAAGCAGUGGCCUUGUAAACAGCCUUACUUGGUAAACUUUGUGUUUUUAAACUUGCACCUUUUGACGUUUAUAUUCUGGUAAAUGCCUGAAGAAGUUUUACAGUCAAAAUUAUUUCUACACAUUAGAGUUACCCUGUUGUUUUGAGGUAUAAUCUCAAAUUAGGUAUAAGAAAGUUAGGUGCUUGUAUUUCCAGGAGAUGAUUUUGGUUGACAG